CAACUUUCAAACCACCUUAGUCACAUUCUUACGAAACAGCCAUUAGCCCUGCUGGGAACAGAAGGACCUGAGAGCACAGUUCUACAUUGUCUUGGACAUCUUCAACAUGUGGACCCUACUGCUCGGACUCAUUCUGGGACUUUUGGCACCUGUACACUCUCACCCAGUCCCUGUUUUCAAGUCCGACCCAAGUCUUACUGCGGGUCCCCUAGAUGCAACCAAUGCGACAUCCAGCAGUAAUGAAAACGCACCAGGCUUUGGUCAUCUAGAGACCACUAGCUGGAUAAUAUCUGACCUGGAAGCCUGGUCGUCAACCUCUGACCCUGAGGGCAGCACAGAUGAGAUGGAGGGCAGCACUGAGCAGGCCAGUACUGGGGCGGGCAACCCAAGCCAAACUCCCAUCUCAGAGUUGGAAGAAGAAGGCCUGAUCUCCCUUAGUCCUCUUCCACGUUUCAGUCCCACUGGCCCAAGCCAAACCCAAGGGCUCAGCCACGUGGCAAGUUCUACCCUAACCAGCAUGGCAGGGUUGCAGAGAGCCCGGGCAGCAAAGAUGGACACAGAGCGUCCAACCACAGAACAGCCCUUCACCUCAACCGGCAGCUCUGCCUCAGCCACAACUGUCUGGACUCACACUGACAUGGACGAGUCAGGGUCAGGAGUCGUGCACACGACUGGUACCACGGUUACAGAUUCCACUGACCAGAUACUCGGUUCCCCUGUCAACGAGGAACCCAUUGAAAGAAAAGAUGGAAAACAUACAAAAGUGUCAGCCGACAUCCUUGAAGUUCCACAUCAAGCACCUGAUCUAAAACCAACCCCAUCAGCACGAAGUGAUGCAUUUACAGCAGGUUGGUGGAUCAUCCCUGUUUUUGUCCUUGGCAUCGUCAUCAUGUUUUCAAUCUGUAUUGUUAUAGUUAUCAGUAAAAGUUGGACUCGAAAGGCCCAGACUGAGAAAAAUGAAAUGGCCAAAGCCACAUCAGGAGAUGAGCAUGAAAAGAAGAGGUUUCUGUCCAACGGGAGGCCCAAGGAGAACAGCUGCAUAGGACAAUACAGCAUAAUCCCCCUGAAGGAAAUCCCAGAGAAAGAACCAUUGGACUGAGACGGAUAGAGAAGACGCAAGCCCGGGCCAAAAUAAGAACAAUUGAGACCAAAGAAAAAUCAUUCAUUGAACAGGCUUUCCCUUUCCAAGUCAAUGGCCACAUAGCGGAGAGACAUUUUGAGUGUACCCAUAACAGCGCAGCAGGAAGUAAAAUCUAGUGAUACUAGAUUUUAUUUCUGUGAAUUGAGACAUAGAUUGUAUGCUGGGCGUAUCUAAUAUGUGCUUAAACCAUGGAAAUUCGACCUUUGGUAGUCCAAAAAAAGUGUUUUAUAAACACCUUGGCUGAGGGGUUAUGGAAAGACACAUUUCUGUUUAUAUUGAGUGUCGUGGCUCAGUCUAACACUGUCCAUUUAUUUAUAAAGGAACAUUUACUUUCAAUUGAAGAUAAUCACUUCACACAAAGGUGAUCGUUUAAAGGCCUGUUGGCGCAACAGAAUCUUCCAUAACACUCACCAAAAUGGUUCAUCAGUAUGUUGCCCAGUCCUAAGGGCCUACAGAAUCAAUUCUGUUUGGAUAUUCACAUGUAAAAAGUGAAGAAUCCAAUUUGAUAUUUUAGGGUAAUUUUUUUUGUUUUCAUCUUGUGACAAUGGGCUGGGUGCGGGCGAAGCAGACAUUAUAGAUGUUACAGACGUUAUAUUAUGGGGCUGUUCAAUAGACCACAUCUUUCGAUAGCCUACUCAGUACAAUCUUUUACUGAGAACUGAUGAAGUCAUUAUGCGUAACCUAAAAGAAAUUGCACUACAGCCAUUUACAACAUCCAUAUUUAUAACAUCAAUGUUCCAAAUACUGUUACAUGUUAGUGUUCACAUAGUUCAUGUUCCCAGCACCCAACAGUGAGUUUUUCUUUUGUCUUGUUUGUGUCAUGUUGUUGCUGUUGUUUGUGUUGUUGAUUUUUGUUGUUGUUCUUGUUAUUGACAUUGUUGUUGAGGUUGUUCUCGUGAUAUUGCACUGUUUUCACCAAAUCCUGUAAAAAAAAAGUAAACUGCUGAAUAUA